GGUGCAACCGUUUCUCGUACCCCCGGUUUCUCUUUCCUCUCUCGUUCCCUCCACUCAAUUCAUGUGUCUCUAUCAUUAUUAACUCUGAUAGUUGCGGUUAUUGUUCUUCUGGGUCUCUCUUCAAGCCCGUAUUUCUUUAAUCAUUCUGAAGCAAAUCCCAGUUCAAGUCUCCUCUCAGAAAACAAGUUCAUUGGCUUAACGAAAUCUCAUUUUGGGUUCUUCUGUCUGUUUCCUCUUUACGAGUUUUUGCCUUUCCUGGGAAUGCAGUAAGUUUCAGAGCGUGGUAGUGACCAGAAACACAACAUGGACUUGAAGAAGAAAGAGAAGGUUGUAAGAUUUUAUAAUGAUGGAAAGCAAAAUCUUGGCGUUUCCUGGGAAAAGAACGAUCCCACACGCCUAGAAAAGCCGUUGCCUUUGUAUAGUAAGAUACCGGCAGCAUCAACUCUGCUGAGACCCGAUGUUGAUCCUGCUGAUAGGAUUAAAGCCAUUUUCGAAGUCCCAAAAUUCGGGAGGUUCAAGGUUUUCCCCGAGAACCAGGAGCCCUGGAAGAGGCGGAUUCUCGACCCGGGGAGCGAAAUCGUCUUGAAGUGGAACAGGAUUUUCCUCUUCUCCUGCCUGGUGGCGCUGUUUGUUGACCCCUUGUUCUUUUACCUUCCGUCGGUGGUGAACGGCAACAGCACGUCGUGCCUGACCACCGAUUUGAGCCUGGGGAUCAUAGUGACGUUUUUCCGGACACUGGCUGACGCAUUUUACGUGCUCCACGUGGUCGUGAAGUUCCGGACAGCUUAUGUUGCUCCGAGCUCGAGAGUGUUUGGGAGGGGCGAGCUCGUUAUGGAUCCGAAGAAAAUUUCCAGGAGGUAUUUGAGAUCGGAGUUCUGGGUCGAUUUGUUCUCGGCAUUGCCUCUUCCGCAGAUUGUGAUCUGGUUCAUCAUACCUGCAAUAAAAAGUUCCCACUCGGAUCACACCACCAACACUCUUGUACUGAUCGUUCUGCUCCAGUACGUCCCGAGACUAUAUCUGAUCUUCCCAUUGAGUUCUCAGCUGAUCAAAGCCACCGGCGUAGUCACAAAAACUGCUUGGGCUGGAGCGGCCUACAAUCUCGUACUGUACAUGUUAGCCAGUCAUGUCCUGGGUGCAUCAUGGUAUCUGUUGUCGAUCGAGCGACACGCAACAUGCUUGAAAUCCGAAUGCGACCAGGAACUUACUCCCGUGAAGUGCGUCCUUCAUUACCUGGAUUGUGAUACUCUUGAUGAAGGCCAGCGCAUCAUAUGGGGCAACAUUACGGGCGUCUUUAGCAAUUGCGACCCGAAUGGGAAUAUCACGUUCCAAUAUGGCAUAUUCGCGAAAGCUUUCACAGAGAAUGUUGUGUCCUCAGUAUUUCUCGAGAAGUAUCUGUACUGUCUGUGGUGGGGAUUGCAAAACUUAAGUUCGUAUGGCCAAAAUUUAAGUACAAGCUUGUUCAUCGGGGAGACCUCAUUUGCCAUACUCAUCGCGAUUCUCGGUCUCGUUCUGUUUGCCCAUUUGAUUGGAAACAUGCAGACGUAUCUGCAAUCUCUCACUGUGAGGCUUGAGGAGUGGAGGCUCAAACGUCGGGACACGGAGGAGUGGAUGAGACACCGUCAACUCCCCCAAGAUCUACGAGAACGUGUCCGGCGCUUUGUGCAGUACAAGUGGCUAGCGACUCGCGGUGUCGAUGAGGAAUCGAUUUUGCACGGUUUGCCGGUGGAUCUCCGUAGAGAUAUCCAGCGCCACCUAUGCUUGGACCUCGUUCGGCGAGUCCCGUUUUUCUCGCAAAUGGAUGAUCAGCUGCUUGAUGCCAUUUGCGAGCGCCUCGUGUCCUCGCUGUGCACGCAAGGCACGUACAUAGUCUGCGAAGGCGACCCGGUCACCGAGAUGCUCUUCAUCAUCAGGGGCAGGCUAGAUAGCUCAACGACCAACGGAGGGCGGACGGGUUUCUUCAAUUCGAUCACCCUGAGGCCCGGCGACUUUUGCGGGGAGGAGCUACUUACGUGGGCGUUGCUCCCGAAGUCAUCUCUCAACCUGCCAUCUUCCACGAGAACCGUGAGAGCCCUGGACGAAGUGGAGGCGUUCGCUCUGCGGGCGGAGGAUCUCAAGUUUGUCGCGAACCAGUUCAGGCGCCUCCACAGCAAGAAGCUGCAGCACACGUUCCGCUUCUACUCUCACCACUGGAGGACGUGGGGCGCAUGCUUCAUUCAGGCGGCGUGGCGCAGAUACAAGAAGAGAAGGCUGGCGAAGACUCUCAGCAUGAGGGAGUCCUUCUCGUGGGCUUUUGAGGAGCACGAGACGCUGGAAGAUGAAACGGAAGAGCACGGGGAGGAAGAGGGGGACCGGAGUAUCGCAUCCUCAGCUUCUUCCCAAGCGAGGCAACAUCUGGGGGUCACAAUAUUGGCUUCGAGAUUCGCAGCUAACACGAGGAGAGGAGCUCAGAAGGCAAAACACGUCCAAUUGCCCAAGCUGCUAAAGCCCGAAGAGCCGGACUUCUCAGCAGAGCCUGACGAUGAGUGACAAACUCCGACUUGUAUAAACAGAACUCGAAAGCGUCAUUCACAUGUAAGUGAUACAUUAACUAGGAGAGAGCAUUGAAACUAGUUAAAAUCAAUCAACUUAGUCCUGAAACGGUUGCUCAUGUCCAUGAUUCUCUGUCCAUAAUCUCGUCAAAAGGGUGAGCUGCCGGAUGCAUAAUUAAGGAGACACAUUCCACUAUUCCAGUGCCCUGUUAACUAUGCAGCAGGACCUGAUUGUGAUCAAACUUCAUCAUGGUUGAACAGGCAACACCAAAGCGCUGAAAUUGGUGGGAGCGAAGGUGUUCAUUGUCGGGUUCACUACAUGGGGUCGUCUCUUCCUGCUUGAUACUAAGAGUCCUAUUCAAUCACACAUUUGACAUUUCAAUAUAGUUUUGAGAUGCUGUCAUGUAGAUGAGCUUGUCUGGAUCAUGUAAAGCUGGAGUUGCAGAUUAGCUAUACUUUCUUUGCU